CCGCCCCGGCGCCAGCUGCUGCAGGGACCAGGCGGUGGCAGAGAGCACUGGUGGCACCAUGGUGGCCACGCUGGUGGUGGCCCUGCUGCUCCUCUGCCUGGCUGCAGGGACAGAGGCCAGCCCGGAGCUCAGCGGGUACCUACGCAAGGUGCUGCGGAACCACACGGUGCACACGUGUGAUGGGGAGCAGCUCCUCAUCCUGUGCCCUCGCAAGACCACCAUCAGCAUCCUGGGUGCCUUCUACGGGCGCCGCGUGCCCAGCCCCAACCUGUGCCCCAGCCCCGGCAACGUGUCCCAGGAGAGCACCGAGUGCAUGUCACCCACAGCCCACCUGAAGCUUCUGGCUGAGUGUCAGGACCAGCAGUGGUGCCAGUUCUCGGUGCACAGCCAGGUGUUCGGGCCGGAUCCCUGCCCCGGCACACACAAGUACCUCAUCGCAUCCUACAAGUGCCGGCCAGAUAACCAUCGGGUGAAGACAGUAUGUGAGAACAACGAGCUGAGGCUGCACUGCAGGCCGAAAUCCGUCCUGGCCAUUUACUCUGCACACUACGGACGAUUCCUGAGGGGCAAACCUGAGUGCGAUGCCCCCAACGCCGGGGGACCCCAUAUUGAGUGCCUGGCCCCAGAUGCACUGCGGAGGGUUUCCAAGAAGUGCCACCGCAAAGGGAAUUGCACAGUGACUGCUGACCAGGCCAACUUUGGGGACCCAUGCCUGCCCGGCAUGAGGAAGCAGCUACGGGUGUCCUACACCUGUGUGCCCAAGCAGCUGCUGGAGGAGGUGGGCCCAGACACCUCGGAUCCCUUCCUGCUCUCAAACUACAUGCACGGUGGCUGGUACAAAGGGCCCAGGUUCUCCAGGCUCCGGGAAGACCGGAUGAUUUUUACUAGCUCCCUGGCAGCUUUUGCCCACCUCUGGGGUACGUGGCCCCAAAGUAUUGGGUUGGUGGGGGGGGUUCAGGCCCAGGCACCCUGUGUGUUGCAGCAGGGCGUGCACCCCGAUGCCUCUCUUUGCUCUUUCCCCCCACCAGAUGUCCCUGAAAAAGUCGCUCUCUACUUUCUCUGCGGGGUGUCGGCGGGCCUCGCUCUGCUGCUGUGCAUCGUCAGCCCCAAGGCUGCCUUCCUGAGGGAGGCCAAGGAGGUUCUGCUGGGCCCCGGUGGCCGCUCAGAGGCAAGCAGGACCAAACUGCGGGAUGAGCAGGAUGAAGACCUGCCUGACGACAGCUCCUCCGACUCCUCCUUCCGCCGCCUCACCCGCGCCUACCGUGCCACUGAAAGCAUCUUCGGCCCCGAGCUGACGGCAGCCAUGGAGGGAGCGGCCGAGCAGCAGGGCCGUGGUGGGGAGGAGAUCUGGAUGCCCAAGGAAUCCAGUCCCUACACCAUCCAGAAGAUCAAAUCGGCCACCAAGUAAGGAGGUGAAGGACGAGGCGCUGUGCCGGGUGCAGUGUUGGCUCUGUGCCUCCAUGGCUGGACGGUGAACCCUGCUUACUGGGGA